UUUGGUAAAGACCCUAGGGGAUCCAAACAGCCAAAACUCUAACCCGACUCGACCUGUUAGCAGUCCAAAAUCGGGCUUCUCUUUCUAAGGUGCCUUCUCCACUGCUCCAUCACCAAUCACAGACACAAAGUAUUAAAAAGCACAUACCGACUCCUAUAGAUCUCCUCCUCUCUCCGAUUUGGCUGAUCAACUAUUAUACAGAUCCCUGAAAAUAUUAAAUAUAUAAUGGCACCAGUCUCAGCUCUUGCGAAGUACAAACUGGUAUUUUUGGGAGACCAAUCAGUCGGUAAAACAAGCAUCAUCACUCGCUUCAUGUAUGAUAAAUUCGAUAACACCUACCAGGCUACCAUUGGCAUUGAUUUUCUAUCAAAGACCAUGUACCUCGAAGACAGAACUAUUCGUUUGCAGUUGUGGGAUACAGCUGGACAAGAAAGAUUCAGAAGCCUCAUACCAAGUUACAUUAGAGAUUCCUCAGUUGCCGUCAUUGUAUUUGACGUUGCAAGUCGGCAAUCCUUUCUGAAUACUUCAAAAUGGAUUGAAGAGGUUCGAACUGAGAGGGGCAGCGACGUCAUCAUUGUCCUUGUUGGGAACAAAACUGACCUUGUGGAGAAAAGGCAAGUUUCUAUAGAAGAAGGAGAAGCUAAAGCUCGUGAACUUAAUGUCAUGUUUAUUGAAACUAGUGCAAAAGCUGGUUUUAAUAUCAAGCCUUUGUUCCGAAAAAUUGCUGCAGCGUUGCCAGGAAUGGAGGCACUUUCUUCAACAAAGCAAGAGGACAUGGUUGAUGUGAACCUAAAGUCUACUGCUGGAUCUGCCUCCCAGACUCAGGCUCAGUCAGGUGGAUGUGCUUGUUGAUGCCCUGAAACUUUGCACCGUUGCUAUGACACCGUCCCUGCCGGAAUUUUCUACAAUAUUUCACUAAUAUGUAAAUGACUGACAUAUUUCUUCAUCUUUUUUUCCCAUUCAAUUUGGGUAGCGUUCCCGUGUGUUUGAGGAACUCUCUGGUAACACUUGAGUAGUUGAAAACUAGGAAUAGAAAGACUUGUGAUUGGGGUUUUCUUGUGUUUCUUGGGUUGGUUAUAGAGUCAUAGGUUGUGGAAUACGCAGUGGAAUUACAGGCUUCCAUAGGCUUUUCUUUCUUUGUUAUGUUAAACGAUCUGGUAAUAUUAUGCGUACAUCACAUGCAUAUUGGAGUUAUGAUUUCCUCUC